ACUUUGAUUUGUAUUUAACACUGAAAAUAUAACAUGCUUUAACAACACUUGGACCAACUUAUUAUUUCUCUUGUUUAGUGAUAAAAAUGGCUCCCAUGGAGUGGAAACCAAGAACUGCAAAAAAACCAGGAAGAUAUCAAAAAAUCAUCCUUGAAGAGGCCCCGUCACGGAUAAUUGUCACAGGCACUGAGGGGUAUGAUGAGCUCCUAAAACUUGGCCAGGAGACAUUUUGGUCAGACGAGAAAGAGGGGAGUGUGUUUACUCUCUGCCAAUCAGAUGGGACGAGGUGGACAAAGGGAGAGUUCCAUCAGGAAUUUGAAUCCGUGAGAGAUAUCCCAAAUGUCUGAAAGCGAACAUUUUACAUUGGACGUAGAGAAAUGGAUGUCAUUUGCCUUGAUGAAACCAGCUCAAUAUCACGAAUUGGCGAAAGUGAAGUGGACUCAUCUAUGGAUAUCCAACCAAAGAGAUCCAGAAUUUUAAGAAGAUGUACAGACCAAGGUGUAGUGAGGGGCUUAGGUUCAGGCCAGCAUGCUGGGAGAUCAGAAUGCGCUGAUCAAGUUCCAGAGCAAAGUGCAAGUGGGUACACUCCUCCAGAACUUGAUGCAGAGAAACCCAUCCAGGAAGGCAUAGGAUCUGCAGAAAAAGAUGGAUGUCCACAAAAUCAAGUGUUUUAUGUUUCGUCAAACGUUGUAACCAUAUUACCAUCAUUGUAUGUUCCGCGCCUACCAUAUGUGGACGAGUCACACAUCCAUUACAAAGAAGAGAACCUGCUGGGUGAAGGUGCAUUUGGAAGAGUGUAUAGAGGCUACUUUCAGGGCACCCCUGCUGCCAUUAAAAAUAUUAUCUUUAGCGCUGCAGGACUUCCAGACCAAGAUAUCCAGCACGAGAUUCUGGUCUCACUCAGACUGAGCCACCCCAAUAUUGUUCGACUCAUGGCUGCAGCCCGCACUGACAACGCCUUCCUGCUGGCCAAUGAGUAUAUACACGGCACAACCCUGGAGGAUGCACACUACACAAUGACAAUUCUUGCGUUAAGCUUGAAGGAGAUGACAGUUAUUUUGUUGCCCUCGACAUCUCGAUGGCCAUUGAGUACAUCCAUACAAAAAAUGUCAUCCAUCAAGAUUUAAAGCCACCCAAUAUUUUGAUCGACCAGUUCUCAAAAAAGGCUGUACUGACAGACUGGGGCCUUGCCAACAUCAGAGACAUGGUUUUACUACGACAAGGAAGCAGACUUACUGGAGGAGGAAUAGGGCCAAUGGGUGGAACCUUUCUUUAUAUGGCCCCAGAGUGUCUGAUUGAAUUUGAACAGGCUUCCAGAAUGUCUGACAUCUGGUCUUUGGGAGCAACCUGGAGAUUUUCACGAAAUCAGUGCCAUGGACAGUGAAAAACCAAAGAGAGCUGUGCAGUCUAAUGUCCAAAAAGGUGCCACCACAUGCUUCACAACAUCUGAGCGACAAGUACCAGUUUAUUGGUACAAUGUUACACUAUGAUGCAGCAUCGAGACCCGAAGCUUCUUCUGUGGUGCUGUGCCUAAAAACAGUGGAGGGGCCAGAUUUAAAGAGCCAUUAUGGUUACGAAUGGUAAAUGUUACAGAUUAUCACUUGGACAGUAACAUUUAUUGUCAUUUUCAGAUUGUAGUACAAAUACCAAUGUUGG